CAUCAGUCAUCAGUGACAGCUGAAAGUGUCUACUGUCUACAUACGACAACAGUGGUUAAUUCUAUCUCAAAUUCGUUUUACUCUAAUCAGUGUGAAAGAAGGUUUUAUGUUGCAGUUGGUUCAAUAACUACCAGUUUGGUCAGCAUUUCCUGAUAAGUGCAUUGAAUACCGUCUUUAACACACUUACAAUAACAAGAUUUAACUUAAGGUCAAGCUUCUAAAUGCUUUCCACUGAAUUGAGAAAGCCAUCGUCCUUUUUGUGAUAUAAAGUGGUUGAAUCGUAGAAUAAAAAAUUGAUACACAAAGCUAUAUAGUUUUUUACUUUUUGUACGCGUUCGCUGUUGGUGAUGUACUAUAUCAAGCUUAAAAGCCUUCGAUUUUGGAUAUAACUUUUGAGAAAAUGUCUAGAACCAUCAAUGAAUAUAGGAUUAAGAAAAUAGAGAGUCUCGGUAAAAUGACUGCGAUGACGCAAGACGAAAUCGUAACCGCUGUCAGAACGGUGGCCCAAGGACUAGAGGCUCUACGCUCGGAGCAUACCGGUCUUCUACAUGGUCUGCACGAGGCCCCGGAUCCCUUGGCGAGCGAGAGGGCAUCUCUUGUGCAGCAGAGUGCUGACAUGAUCGAACUUGGCCUUGGUGAAGCUCAGGUCAUAACAGCCCUUGCCUCGCACUUGCAGCUGGUUGAAGCGGAAAAACAAAAACUACGUACACAAGUGAGACGGUUAUGUCAAGAGAACGCAUGGCUGAGGGACGAAUUGGCCUCAACUCAGCAGAGACUGCAGGCGAGCGAGCAGACCGUGGCGCAGCUAGAUCAGGAGAAGAGGCAUUUGGAGUUUAUGAAUUCCGUUAGGAAGUAUGAUCAAGACCUGAACGAGGAUAAUUCAAGCGAAAACUCUAAAUCUGAAAAACAGGAUCCCGUAAUCGACCUGUUUCCUGACGAUGAUAACGAGGACAGAAAUGCUUCUCCUACACCUCCAAAUCAGCUCACUCUGUCACAACAGGUGAACGCAGGCUACGAAAUACCCGCCCGUCUGCGCACCCUCCACAACCUUGUGAUCCAGUACGCCUCACAAGGACGCUACGAAGUAGCUGUUCCUUUGUGCAAGCAGGCUCUAGAAGACUUGGAAAAAACCAGCGGACACGAUCAUCCUGAUGUUGCUACAAUGUUGAACAUUUUGGCUUUAGUUUAUAGAGAUCAAAAUAAAUAUAAGGACGCCGCAAAUCUUCUUAAUGACGCUUUGGCUAUUAGAGAAAAGACUUUGGGUGAAAAUCAUCCGGCUGUUGCUGCAACUUUAAAUAAUUUAGCUGUAUUAUAUGGUAAGAGGGGAAAAUACAGAGAUGCCGAGCCCCUUUGUAAACGUGCACUAGAUAUAAGGGAGAAAGUAUUAGGACGGGAACAUCCAGAUGUAGCCAAACAGCUGAACAAUCUAGCGCUCCUCUGUCAGAAUCAAGGCAAAUAUGAGGAAGUGGAGAAAUACUAUCAGCGCGCUUUAGAAAUCUACGAGAAGAAACUUGGUCCAGACGAUCCCAACGUGAGCAAGACGAUGAACAAUCUGGCUUCCUGCUACCUAAAACAAGGAAAAUAUAAAGAAGCCGAGGUUCUUUACAAAUCCAUCUUGAACAGGGCACAUGAGAAGGAAUUUGGAGCAAUAGAUGGUGACAAUAAGCCCAUAUGGCAAGUAGCAGAAGAACGCGAGGAGAACAAAGCGCGAAAUAAGGAAAACGCCCCCUACGGCGAAUAUGGUGGUUGGCACAAGGCCGCCAAAGUCGAUUCUCCCACCGUCACCACCACCUUGAAGAACUUGGGCGCCCUCUACAGGCGCCAAGGUAAAUACGAAGCGGCGGAAACGCUGGAAGACUGCGCCUUGAGAAGUCGUAAAGAGGCUCUGGAUAUUGUUAAGCAUUCGAAAGUCAAUCUCCUUGGCGACCUUGAUAAGCGCAAGUCUGGCAGUGCUAAGGAUAGAGCCUCGAGAAGAGGAUCGAGAGAAUCACUAGAAAUGACUUAUGAUGGAGAUGAACCUAAUACUGCAAGGACCCCAGAUACUGAAAAGGGAGGAUUGAAAACGAAACUCUUUAACGCAUUGGGCAUAAAUUCACCCAACAGCAAACCUAGUUCUUAAUUUAACGACCUAGUUUCAUCCGAACAAGCCCUUCAAGAGAUUAGUUGUAGCAUUUGCGAAUUUUAUUCACUCAUCAUUCCAAUCUUAAAAUGCACGAAUGAAUUGAAUUUGAAAUACUAAGAUUUCUAUUAACACUAUUGAAGUUUAUUAGUACAUAUUUUCCUAUUUGUACUAUGUAAUAAAUUUCAUUUAUGACAUUUUUUCGAUAAAUUUCAAGCUAACAAUAGAAGAGAUUGAAACAAGGGCGUUAAAAUAUGAUGAAAUAUGGAAGGUAUCAGUUAUCACAAAUUCAAUUUUAUUUAUUAUUUUUCUUUUUCUUCAUUAAUUUUUCAAUGGAGACAUAAGGCUUCCUUGCUUUACUGAUCUAAAUAUUUUUCUGAAUAGCAUUAUUCAACUACUCAAUGUACAGAAAUAUCGUUUCAAAAUUUUUGUUGAAUUUCGUAAUGAAACAACACCCAUAUAAUUUUGAGUUUUUUUUAUUUAUUAUUGUUGAGAAAUUCUGCAUUUCUUCAAUGAAGUUUUUUAUUUUGAGAAACAAUAUAAUUUAUUCUUAUCUUACAAAGGUUUCAUUGCGAAAUAUUUGCAAAUUCAAUACCUAGUAAGCAUGGAAAUAGCUUGUUUUCAGGAAUUGUUCAAAAUUGGAGUUCUCAGAGAAAAAAUAUUCAUACAACUUUUUAUAUAUAAAAAUAUAAAAAAUGACAUUGAUCAUUAAGAUAUUUACUAUGAUAUGAUAAAAUAUUAAGAAUGAAAUCAAGAAUCCUGCUAGGUCAAUUAAAUUUCAGUAGAUUUCGUGCAAUUUUAUAAUUAUGCAUUUCAAAAAAAAUUAUUUUAUACAUAAUUCGAGUAGUUUGUCGACAGAUGACGUAAAAUAUAUUGUAUAUUCAAUGUAUAAUUAACAAAUUGUGUUGAAUUAUGUUUGUUAAAAAUAAAUCCAUAAAAUUUU